GUUAAGUCGCCCGAAUACAUGCAACAAUUGUUAUAUCGGAUUCGCUAACUUCAACUUUGCAACAUAUACACCAACAACAUCAACAUUAGCACCAACAUCAAUAUUCAAAACAAUAACACCUGUUACACGUCCUUGUUUCAGAAAAUUUCUUGAUUUACUUGUGCUAUUGUAUGUUCAAUAUUUUCAGGUUAAAAAAAAAUCUAUUAAUGAUGAAAUUGUUCUCGUUACUGAUUCUGGUGAUGUUUUAGAUCGUACACUUGCUAUUAAAUUUUCAAAAUAUGGUGCAUUUCUUUGUUUAUGA